AUAACGUCAACAGCGCGCGACCCAACGUGGGUUUCUGUCGUGUAGCAACUGGGGCUAGCUUUUUCUAGCAAAUUUGAUAUCUUUUUCACACUUCUUGGCCGUUGUAACUCCAGCAGAGUGUGUGUGAACCCUCCGUUAACCUCAAUUUCGACCUUAUUGACCCCUUAAACGUUUUAACGUCUUAAAACGGAAUCGUAGACUUCCAGUUUUUCACGAGUCGCACUCUUGUUUGAAAAAUGAAGAUUCCUCCUGAAGUAAUAUCAACCAACUUUCUGCUAGACGCGUCUCUGCUGUACAAAGAAAGCUGUCCGGAGCUGUCACGGUUCUUCCUUCAGCUGCCUUUGAAUGCUAAAGCAACAAAGAAGCAGAAAUCUUCCAGUCUGUUGCACAGCACUGUGGUGUGCCCGCACUGCUAUCAGUGGCUGAAACCUGACAAUCACCGGAUGCGGCUACAGCCCAAGCAACGUCCAUCAGCACGGGUGCAGAGCGUCCUGCGCAGGAAGGCCAGGGGCAAACGACUCAGCCUGGUGCAGAAAAAUCUGCUGCACCGAUUCCAAAUGUCCUCCUCAGUACUGAUGGCCACCUGCCACACUUGCAAUAAGACUUCCAGACACAAAGGAGUGAAUCGGGACUUCAUAGCUACCUUCGGUAAGACCCACAGCACACCAGGGAAUGCUGGCAAACACAAGACCCCACAGUCAACCACCAGACCCGGCACGACUACCCCCAAGACCCCUGGCAAAGACAAGACACCUGUUCAUACACCUAGGUCCUCCACCUCCUCUAACACUCCUGGGUCAGGCUCGUCUUCCUCCAAACCUCCAUCUAAAGCAAAAAAUUGGGUUGUCCAGCGUCUCAGCAAGAUACUCAUGCGAGAAGACAACAAGAGCAGCAAGAAGGGGGGCUUGAAAGAUUUUCUCUCCUCACUUUGAGUAUCUACCAAACACAACUUGUCAUCUACUCCUUAAAAAAAGGGAUUAGGCCCAUAUAGUAACCUGUUCACACCAAAGGCUAAGGGGAAACUAAAGAAAAUAACUUUGGUUUCUGAGGCCGGUGUGGGAAGGGUUACAGUUCGCCCACCAACACAACUGUUGCUGGGCUGUUUGGAGUGGCACUCCUGAAUGCAACUGGGAGCGUCGGGGUGGUUAUUUCAACUAUUAAUCAGGGUUACUAAAUCUUUUGCUGAGCCAGUCGGAGGACAAUGCAUCUUCUGUCUAAUUUAGCACAUGCCUCUUCUACUCUCCUAAACCGGGGAUGCUAUUCUUAGUGGAAUGUUUGAGGAAUUAUUUAAUAUUUAUCAAACGGCUGAAACACCACCCAGCUUUGCUCUGUGGUGGCAUUUUGUGGCAUGUCAAGCUGGUUUACAUGCCAAUAUCCUUCUUUAAGGUGAUCAUUUAGAUUUUUUUCUAAAGUUACAAUUUACAUUUAUAUGAUAUACAGUAUAUAUAUAUAUAUAUAUAUAAAACUGUUUGGUAUUCAUGCUGCUUGAUUUUAAAACUUUUGUAUAUGAAUGUAUUUACUCUUUUUUCUCUCUCUCUCUUCAUUGGGAAGAUGUGUCAGUUGUAAAGCCACUGGCUAAAAAUGACAGAUACACAAAUGUACUGUAUAUAUGUUUUUGCCAAUGUUGCAUUUUUGUACAUGCAUACAAAUGAUUUUGAAACUGCACAGUCACCAGUGAAUAUAUUUAUAAUUAUCAUCUAAAAUGGGACUCAUCAGUUGCUGUUUACAUUGAAUGGGCAGAUCUGCCUAAUGACUACAGAAAUCGUUACUGUGGUAUAACUGACUUAAAUUUUUUUUUGAACAUUUUCCUUGGCUAUGUGUUUUUAAAAGGUUAUUCUUUUCAUUUUUUGUUAAGAGCAGGAAUUUAAAUAUAUCUACUGCAUUUUGUACUGCCUGAUUACCUACCUUUUUUCCAUUAACUGUUCAAUGUACAGUUAUGUGUUUAAAUCCUGAAAUACCUCACAUUUGUAUUCUACCCAUACUGCGAUUCUCUGAAAUAAAAGCUUUCCAGUCUG